UAUGUGGGGAUACCAAUAAAGGAUUUGUUGUCAUUAAUCAAAAGGGAAUUGAUCUCUUGUCAUUGGAUCUUCUCUGUAAAAAUGGGAUUCUUGCAUUGAGACAUGCCAAGAGAAGAAAUAUGGAAAGAGGGUCAUACAAAAUUCUGUGGAUGAUUUGUCUUGCAGAAGUUAUCGGAUACGCAGGAUUUAUUUAUGAGCACACUCUUGAAGAAGAAAAAUAUACCUUUGUUGAAGAGGUUAAAAAUCCAAAAUCUUUUACGACAUUGGUUAAAGGAUCUAAUUCUCACACAAUUGCACAGAUUAAUGAUGCCAUCCGUGAUGGAUUACGAGUCGUAAAGAAUGCAAUUGAAGAUAAAUGUAUAGUAUCAGGAGCAGGAGCAUUUCAAGUUGGGUUUUCAGUUCAUUCGAAUAAAUUUAAAAGUUCAAUUAAAAGGAGGGUCAAGAUGGGAGUUCAAGCAUUUGCAAAUGCAAAUGUUGAUAAUUCCUAA